GGUCAUCCAAAGUUCACCGUAACGAGAAAUCAUAUAAGCAGUGGUCAUUGGUUGACCAGUACAGUUAAGCUUGACCAGUGGGUGGAUCAUAGUGUACGUUAGCUCACUCUCUCGUUAGAGUAACCACAUUUUACAACAUCUUACAGAUGUACACGGAAGAUUGAAUAUAUUGAUGGACUCUUAAGUAUUUAUCUAACAGGAUUUUAGUUUUGAAAUAUAGAAAAUAGUUUCAUGAAAAGGCCAAGAAGAUGACGGAAGCAGCGCUAGACCUCUCUGCUAAAUCCUCCCUGGGCAGCACCAAGUCCGACAAGGACUCAUUCAGUCUCAACUAUGCACCUGAGUCCCCACCCUCGCCUAGAACUCCCCUAAGACACACCUCCGGCGCCGACGACAAUGAAAGUGACUCGUCGUCGGCACCAACGUCAGCCAUAAAAGCAGUUCUAGGUCCAGUGCCAUCGAGUCUUCGGGACUCCCCUUGUUCAGUUGCCGACGGUGAAAAACAAGACUCUCUUCCAUCGUCGCCAUCGACGCCGAUAAGUAGACCAUUUAGUUCGUAUGCUAUGGAAUCCAUGGCAUCAAUGUUUUCGUCUCAAUCAUCACUUCUCGCAGCAUCCCAUUCACAAAUGCCGAUGGGGAUGGGACUUUCGUCCCUAUAUGACAGUUCGUCGGCGUUCCCGGCAUUCCCAGUGACUCCAUUAACAUCUCAUCUUUUGCAGAGGAAACGCCGAGCAGAAAGUCGAGCUAGUGUAAGUUCCAUAAACGAUAACAGCGAUGGUGAAGGCAAAAAACUUAAACAUGUGCCGGAUGAAAACAAAGAUGAAUCGUAUUGGGAAAGGAGGAGAAAAAACAAUGAAGCAGCUAAAAGAUCUCGGGACAGUCGUCGGCAUAAGGAGGAAGAGAUAGCAAUGAGAGCAGCUUUCUUGGAACAAGAGAACCUCAAACUCAGAGCACAAGUGGCCAUUUUAAAGAACGAAACUGCUAAACUUCAUUACAUGCUGUACAACCGAAUAUGAGAUUUUUGUUCCUAAGUUUGUUUGCUUUGGUAUGAAACUCACAAUUACCUCAGUGCUUUGGAUCUGGACGAUAUUUAAAUGUGCUUUCUCAGGAAUAUGUUUUAUAUCUGUUGUUUAAGUGUGUUCAGUGGAUUUACUUACAAAUAGUUUUAUAUAUGUGUGUGCUGUCUGUAAAUUUUAACAUAUGUAAAUAUCAUUAUUUUACAAAAUAUUUAAAAUGUACAAAUACCUCA